UCGGGCAAUUUGUGCUGCUGUUUACCCGCGUGCGGCGUACUCACUGAUCACAGUCGGAAAAGCCAUAUCUUUUUUCUCGUGGCUAUAAAUUCUUGAAAUUCAAGGGAGACACCACUAAACCCACUCACCUAAUUCACUCUCUUUCGCUAAUUCACUGCAAUCCAAUGACGAAGGAAGCCGAUUUCUCUUCUGUGGUUCGCCUCAAUAUCGGAGGGAAAAAAUUUUGCACAACUGUUGGUACUUUGACGCAGCGUGAGCCUGAUUCAAUGCUUGCUGCGAUGUUCAGUGGUCGGCAUACAGUGUGCGAGGACCCUGAGAAGGGAUAUGUCUUUGUUGAUAGGGACGGAAAGCAUUUCAGGCAUAUUCUGAAUUGGUUGAGAGAUGGUGUGGUUCCCACACUUACUGAUGCUGAAUAUUCAGAGCUCAUGAGGGAGGCAGAAUACUAUCAGCUACUUGGGAUCAUUGAGGGAAUUAAUUCAGUUUUGACUAAGAGGAAGGAAAGUGAUGAACUAGAUACUGAAUUGACACGGACAGAUAUCAUCAAGUGUAUACAAUCUGAGAGAGUCCGAUUUCGAGGGGUUAAUCUUUCUGGCCUUGAUCUUUCUAAACUGGACCUUUCAUUUGUUGACUUCAGCUUUGCAUGUCUUAAAAAUGUGUUCUUCUCACGGGCCAACCUUCAGUGUGCAAAAUUCCGGGAUGUGGAUGCUGAGGAUUCCAUAUUUCAUAAUGCAACAUUGCGAGAAUGUGAAUUUACUGGUGCAAAUCUUCGUGGAGCUUUAUUAGCUGGUGCUAAUCUUCAGAGUGCAAACCUACAAGAUGCUUGUCUGGUGGAUUGCAGUUUCUGUGGAGCAGAUCUGCGCUCUGCGCACUUACAGACUGCUGAUCUUACCAAUGCCAACCUGGAAGGAGCUAAUUUAGAAGGAGCUAAUCUAAAGGGUGCAAGGUUGAAUAAUGCCAAUUUGAAGGGUGCAAAUCUUCAACGGGCUUAUCUACGACAAGUCAAUCUUCAGAACACACGUUUGGAAAAUACAAAGCUUGAUGGUGCCAAUUUGCUUGGAGCAAUUCGAUGAAAUUGGAGCAAAGUAGAUAUGCUUUGCUGUGAGUAAAUCCAUUUCAUAUCCAUUUUUUUCUUCUGGAUGUAGAAUUCAGUGCAUGUUGUGGAUGCUUUGACUGAAUCAAUUUGAAGGACUUGUUGGCGUGUGGUUUGUAGUAUGUAAAUAAAUGUUUGGUAAAAGGCUAAAUAAAUUUCUAGAUUUUCUUGCA